AUGGAUGCGACUCGUGUUGUCUACUUUAUAGCCGGCAAAUGCAUGAAAAAGGACGAUACUUGCAAUAAAACCGUUUUCCAGCGCUGCUGUGGCGACCUGCUGUGUGAUUUGCAGACUUUUGGUAAGGGCAAGUGCGUGAAAUGUCUCCCGAAAGGGCACUUCUGUGGAAAAGAUGUCGAGUGCUGUAGUCGGCGUUGCAACCGGCUCAAAUGCGCUGCUAACUAA